AUGAACAACGAUAUCAAAGAAUCCAUCGCCAACACUAUCAAGAGCCUCGACAGAGAGCUCCGAGAAAUCAGUCUUAAGAUUCACAAUGACCCCGAACUCGGAAACAAAGAGUUCCAUGCCUACAAACUGUUGACUGAAUACAUCGAAUCAAAAGGAUUCCAAGUUACCUAUCAAGCUGCUGGAUUGGAGACAGCUUUCAUGGCCAAGUUCUCCAACAGUAAAUCUGGCAGACGUGUGGGUUUUGUGUGCGAAUAUGACGCCUUGCCUGGUGUGGGACAUGCUUGUGGUCACAAUAUUAUCACUGUCCAAGGUCUUGCUUGCGCACUCGCUUUGAAGACAUUGAUGGAACAGAAUUUGGUGCAAGGCACCGUGGUGCUCUUUGGUACUCCUGCUGAGGAAACAACCAGCGGUAAGAUCAACUUUGUCAAGGAGGGCGUUCUUCAAGCCAACGUCGAUUAUGCUAUGAUGCUUCAUCCUUUUGCUACAGAUGGCAUCUACGGUAGAAUGUUGGCAUUGGAUUCCGCUGAUAUUGAGUUUUUUGGCAAGGCAUCGCAUGCUGGUAUGGCACCCUGGAAUGGUGUUAAUGCUUUGGAUGCUUUGAUGCAAGGUCUUGAUAAUAUUGGCUUGUUGAGACAGCAAAUGAUUGCUACUGACAGAGUGCAUGGUAUCAUCACUAACGGUGGUACUGCUGCUAAUGUCAUCCCUGCUUAUGCAUCCGCACACUUUUACGCUCGCUCUAUCACAAAGGAUCAGUUGAAGGAAUUGAAGCCUCGUGUUGAUAACUGCUUUAAGGCAGCUGCUCUUGCCACUGGAUGUGAGAUCAAGAUGCAAUGGGGAAAGCUGGGACCUGUCGAGGAUGUGUUCAUGAAUGACGCCAUGGCAUUGAAUUACAAGCAUUACAUGGAGCAAGAGGGUAUCACCUACAAACCUCGUUUCGAUGAAGAGCAAACUAGCACAGGCAGCACUGACAUGGGCAACUUUAGUUAUGCUGUUCCUUCCAUCCAUCCUGCUUACGGUAUCCAUACUACUGCUGCCAAUCACACAAAAGAAUUCGCUGCUGCCGCCAAGACGGAAGUUGCUCAUCAAGACACUUUGCGUGCUGCUAAAUGUCUUUCCAUGACAGCUGCUGAGGUCAUGGUCGAUGAUGAGCUUUACAAACAAGUCGUUGACGAUUUUAAAAAGGGUAAACCCCAAUAA